UUCGCGCAGCCGCAGUGCCAUGUAAACAACUGCCGCGGUUGGCUGUUAUAGCUAGAUAGUUUGAACUGGAAGAGGUGUUAUUUUAUUCGGGCUUUAGCACUGAGAUUAUUAUCAAAGAAUCUAAGCGAUUUUUCUACAAUAUGUGCUGUGGUCAGCUAUCUAACAGCAUCAGCUAAGAAGGUUAACAUUAGCUAGCGGUCAGGUUAGACUAGCUUGUUAACUAACCUAGCUAGCUUAAUGCUAGGUCGUUAACGUCCGGUCUUUAUGUAAUUCAAUAGCCAACAGUCUAAAGUGUCCGCGUAGUUAAUUAUAAGCAAUUAUUCUUUUGGUGUUACUAAAAUGGCUAAGAGUAUCACACCGAUAUUCAACAUAAUUAGCUAGCCAGGCAAGGUUAGUUUGCUAACUCAGGUGAUAGGCCAUCGACUGACAGGAAACAAGCUAACUUACGUUAACAAGUCGAUAACGUCAACCAGGAUCCUCCAGUCUGGUCCGAACAAAUACAAAGGAAACUCCUCGAGAUUGAUUUAGUGUCAUCAUAUGUUGACUGAAAAUAGGAAACGGCAGCGCAGUGGUGGUGAUGAGGAGAGUGGCCACCUGGUGCCCCAAGCCAAAAGGCAGAGUAGAGCUCACCCUCUCUCCCCUGAGCCAGGCCGGGAUGCCUGGGACUCGGAGUCAUCCAACAGUGAGAGCAGUAGCAGCAUCAGCAGUCCAGAACAUGCAGCUGGAAGCUGUAGCAGUCAGUGUGUUGUGGGCCCCUGCAGUCCACGCGGUUCUGGUGACUCUUCAGAACUGGCCAUCCCUACAAACCUGGUGUCCUACCUACAGAUCAACCGCAUCCUGAGGCAGGCCCACUUCCAGAGCCUGCAGUGCCGAGGUCACCUCAGAGACACAUGACGACCUAAUGUCUCUCUGUCAGCCACCAGAGGGCUGAGUCCCCGAGGCAUGUCGGAGCAUCACAUGCUGAUUCACUUCACUCAGCUCUUCCCAUCCAUCUCCAAUUACUGUGAUAGCACACAGCCACAUAUCUGUGGAUGGAGACCAGCUCCUGGUCAGGUAUCUGGAGGGGGUUCAUCAUUCAAAUAAAUCAAAAUGAUAAUCAUUUAGCAAUAAUAACUGUGUGAUCAACUUUACCAUUUUUUGUGAUCCACCUGAUUUCUGACCAGUCUGGUUUACAUGCUGCUCUCAGAGCCGUAUUGUGACUGACUAAUGACGAUGAAUCCCUGUAUUUUGUCUUAAAUAUUGUAUGAAAACAGUGCUACUGUAGCUGCAGAAAUGGCACCAAACACAAUUUUAGGCCGGUCAGUGUGACUCGUUUAGUCUCCUAGUUGGGUACUUGGGUUGUAUAAUGCUGAAUCUGAUGUCUGUGUAAGUACAUGGAACAGUCUCAGGGAGGAUUUGCACUUGUUUUGGACUGCUCAUUUGCUCUCAUAUUCAGACAGGGACCUGUAGAAGCCAUGGGUGUUAACUUGACCAAUGAGGUUAUGUUUUCUGUCCUUUUUUAUUUUAUUCACUAAUAGAGUAUUUAAAACUCUUUUCAUUAGAUUUCAGUUAAAUGUAGUGGAGAGUCAGGCCAUGGUUUUAGUUUAAGCGCGAAACAAUUAUUAUUAUUAUUAUUAUUUUUUUUUUUUUUAUUUAUUUUUUUUUUUAAGGAUUUCAUACCACCGCAGGACAAGGAGUUAUGAACACUUCUUGCUAAUUUUCCAUCAACUAUUGCACAUUCUUGGGUUUAAAAAAAAAAGUGGCACAUUUAUCCUAUAUUUAAUUAUUAGUACAGUGUGUUUAUUGUUCAUGGCGUGAAAGAAACAUAGUUGAUUUUUAAAAGAUAGUGCAGCCUUGACAGUGGUAUGCACAGGUGUUGCUAUCAUUGUGUUUUACUUUCUCCUGAUCAUGGAAUAGACUAAUUAUUAUUAUCUCGACAUAAGAAUCCCUUGUUUUCUUGUGAUCACUAAAUUUUGUGAUCUCGACAACCCAUCCUGUCUUGUCAUGAUCAUUAAAUAAUAAUGCUGUAGAUUGUGACAUCAAAUGUCAUUGCUCAUAUGUGACAUCAGAAUUUAACACUGUUAUUAUAAAUGGAUGCAACUACAACCAAAGGAAGAGUCAAUGUAAUAUCACUAUGAUAUUCCCCUAAAGGGAGUGACGGUGCAUCUGUGGUUGUCAACAGUUAUUUAAUAUAAUGAGCUUGCACACAAAGCAAUAACAGUUAGAUUGCCUUAUGUGUGUGGAUUAUAUAUAAUUACAACAUCUGGCAUGUGUUAAUAAUUGUGAGAAUACAAAUCGAUUAUGUCAAAAUCAAUCAUGAGAUAACAAAGCUUACUGUGUCGAGAUCACGAGAGAAUCAUUUCUGAUAUUUUUAUUAUCAGAUUAGGUCAGAUUAGUUAAGCAGUUAUGGGUUAUUUUUGUUUGUGUUCUUGUGAUCAUGGAAAAUGUAGUGAUCACAACAUUAAAAAACACUUAGAAAACAAAACAGUAGUUACACCCAUGAACUCUACAACCUUCCAUACUCUUUAGAUUUUAUCGAUCUGUUUUUUAUUGUAUGGAGGGCUGUUUGAUGUGACAUUUGAGCAUGUAAGAAAACUUUGUUCUUUCUGUUUAGAGGGGUUUACAGUACAGCCUUUAGAAACAAAGACAUUCCCCAGGUUUUGUUUGCAACAUUCCACUGAAAUGCUGUUUUUAAUUGCAGACAAGCCUUUCUGCCUGUGCACUACCAUUCGAUGGUUGCUAUGUGUAUCCCUGUGCACUGAACAUCCAGGUACAAGCACUGACCGUAAGGCUGUGCGUCUCUCCUUUUCUUAAAGCGGGAUUGGUCUCAUUGCUGAACCCUCAUCCCAGGAGUAAGCUCGGCUGUUUGUUUUUAUUUUUUUCAGACUGGUGUGUCAGAAACAAAAGCAUUUUGAAGAUGUCUUUUUUUUUUUUAAUGAUAUAUUUUUUGUAUUUAGUAAUGUACAUGACAUUAACCUGCCAUUGACUUUUUUUCUUCUUGUAAAUACCCCUUCAUUUAAAUAAAAAAUGUUUUUGAACAAAG